GCCCAGCACUCAGCUGUGCCGGCGGGCGGAAGUACGAGCCGCGGUAGGGAGGCGGGCGCUGCGCCCCUAUUCUCUGCCCCAACCUGCUGCGGGCUGGGGCGUGCGACCUGCGCUGCGCAGAGGCUCAGGCGGUCCCGGCGGAGUGGCAGCUAUUUGAUUAGCAAGAUGAAGCUUGCUAAGUUGCACUAUUGGAUAUUGGGUUGUUUUUCUAUGGCAUCGUGUUGUUGGUGUACUUCAGAUAAAUUCCCUCAAAGUGAUGGCCAUUCUCACACCUGGAAAAAGCUGUAUCUUGCUCACCAUUGGCCAGUGACUGUAUGCAAGAUGAGUGCUAAUGAUUGUCAAGACCCUCCAGACUACUGGACAAUUCAUGGACUGUGGCCUGACAAAGGUGAAGAAUGUAAUAGGACAUGGCAUUUCAAUGUCACAGAGAUUAAGGAUCUUAUGUCAGACAUGAGACGCUAUUGGCCUGAUGUGAUUCAUUCAUCUCUGAAUCGCACCCACUUCUGGAAACACGAGUGGGAGAAGCAUGGCACUUGUGCAGCCUCACUUCCGAUCCUUGAUUCUCAGAAGAAAUAUUUUAGUGAAACCCUGGAACUCUACCAUCAUGUUGACCUUAAUGGUUUUCUCCUGAAAGCUGGGAUAAAGCCAGGCAGUACAUACUACCAGAUGGCUGAUAUAAAGGAAGUGCUUACAAAAUUUUAUGGUGUUACACCAAAGAUCCAGUGUCUUCCACCAGAAGAGAGUGAAAAAGCACAAACACUUGGUCAGAUUGAAUUCUGUUUCACCAAGGAAUUGAAGCUGAGGAACUGCACAGAGCCGAAGGGUGAAUCCAGCCAAAUGCACACCAACUUGCAGCUUGUAACAGAGGAGUUAUCUGUCUGCAACGACACUCUCCCAGUCUAUUAUCCUUCACAAGUCCAAGAUCACAAAUGGAGCCUCAAGAGCUUGAAAAACUUCAACAAAACAAAUUAACUUCAACAAUCCCUUAAAGUUGUACCUUGGAAAGUAAUUUUAACUUAGCAAUAUUACAAAACCUUUGUUUUGUAUUGUGAGGGCAUUUCUGCUUGGGGAAAAGAAAACCAAAUAACUGCUUUGGCUGUUAUAAAGAAAAAUAGCUUGCAUUGUAAUACCAGCUAUGUAGGCUGAAGUCUUGAAUUGCUGGUCUGAUACAGAUGAAAUCAGAAUCUGAUUUAGAGCUGUCUGUACUUCUUGGCUUAUUUUUUAAUUUGAAUCAGUGUUCAAAUGAGUUGUGAUGACUUAGUUUCAUUUGCAGUUCAAUCUGCCACUUCAGCCACAUGUUUUUUUGGCAGUGACUCAGGGUAGCAAGUUAUUCUUUGUUUUAAAAAGGUGCUUAUCAACUUGAGAUGAUAACUUAUUGAAGAGAAUAUUGUAAAAUGGAAGAACUUAAGAUCUGUCUGCUUUGUGUAAAUAUGUUCUCCAGAAGCACUGUAGCAUUAAACCUUUCCUCACUCAGAUUACAGGUGCCUGAAAAUGACAACCUUUUAACAGCUAUUACUUAUUGGCAUCUGCUAAAAGAACCCCAAGAUUGUACUUGCAGCCUCACCUGUUCAUAGGUUGAUUUUGGUCCAGUAACUAAUACCAUCAUGAAGAGUGACUGAUGUUAAAUUGUCUGCUAUUGUAGGAAAAUAAUAUUAGACUCUAGAAACAUUCUUAAUGUUUAACAAAUUUGAACAGUUAGCACUUCCAUGGAAGUGUAUGCCUGAACUUCUGUUUAAAAAUGAUUGUCAUGUAAUCACUUGGUUCUGAGAAACAGCUUUUUAUAGGUAAGCAGUAAAUACUGCAAGGAUUUCAGUGAAAAGUACAAAUGUGCAAUGGUGUUUUUUAAUCCCAUAACAAUAACAAGCCACAAAGUUGCAUGCUUCCAAGUAAGACCGAUUUAGAUGAGAUCCUCUACACAGUGCUAUGGUGAUGCAAGUGUCUCAAAUUGUCUUUGAAAGACAAUUAGGACUCAAAGAACCAUCUGUUAGAAAAGUGUAUGACUGCAAAAAAUAGUAAAAGCAUUGUUAAGGACAAAUUUGUUAUCUUUUAGGUUUAGAAACCAUUCAUAUUUAUUUGGCUUGUCCCUGUACCUCUCCUUUAAGGCGGUUACCUUGCCAUUCCAGAAUACUGUGGCUUUUUUUUUUCUGGGGGGGAGGGAAGAGGGGAAGAAGGGAGGGGUUCAAGUCCUUUCUAGAAAUUUGAAUUCUUUAUUUUUUUUAAUACAUGAGAUUGGGUAUGAUCUGCAUUUUAGCGUGUCAACAUUUCAGUACAGUGUGGGUUUUUCUUUCAAACUUCUUUCCUUCCUGAGUCAAGGAAUAUACUAAUGUAACAGAUCUGGAGUAUUUUAUACAGCCUUUAAAAUCAACACUAAAAAAGUUAUCCUUUUAUUCUUUCUCCCUACACCUAUUGUUGUAGUGGAAAUACUCAAAAUUUCUUUGACAUCAAAAAUGUCAAAUUCUGAAGGGAAAAGGCAGAGGAUGCAGCAUGUAGUACUUGUUGUAAAGAGUAUUUCACUGCUGUUUUAAGUACGUUAGUGUUUGUGGGUUAACUAAUUUCAAGGGGUGUAUGACUAUGUUAAAUUUGAGAUAGGUGGGGUUUUUUCAGUGACUUUCAAUUGGCUGAAAUUCACCUUUACAUCUUUUUUUGAAGUGUAACAGGAUGAAUCCUGCUCUUGGUUCAGUGAGAAUUUUGCAUGCAUUUCUGAGAGAAAAGUGAUUCAAAGACCAGAAAUUAUCUGUUGUGCCUUGGUAUUUUUGGCCACGUUUCAGGGAGUGCUGUGAUGAUCCAGUAUUUUCUAUGGGGUUGACUUUAAUAAUUGUGUAAUGUUCUGAUAAGAACCACGAAAAGCACAUUAUAAAAAAUAUGUGUAUAUGUUUGUAUAUGCAUUGUAUACGAUAUCAUGUCUGUUUGCAAUUAAGAACGCCAAUACAGCUUGAUUAUGAAUACAGUUCUCAGUUAGAACAACUGACUUCUCAAAAUUUCUAGACGUUGUCUUCUUGGGAGCAAGGGCAAUGUGAGAAAAAAGACAUAGAAUCUGUAAUGGUACACUAUGCUGUUAGAUGAAUUGGGUUUGCUGGUUAUUUUAAUUCCUUGUUCCUUUCCACAGCUGAAGGAAAGCUCAAAUAGAAGUAAUGGGAGUAUUGCUGGUUCUUGUACAGGCUUAAUGGAAGCUUGAGUCAAUAGCCUGAUUUUUUUAUUUUUUUUUUAACUGCAGUAUAAGUUGUUUUCCUUUAUAUUUCCAAAUAAUGCCUAGGGAGACAAAAUAUAUUAUGUACAAAAUCUUCACAGUUCAAAUGUAAUGCAUUAGUUUAAGCAAAGCUGACAGCUGCAAAUACCAGCUUCAGAAGGAAGGGGCACAGAGACAGCCUUCACAGUGUGAUGCUACGCAUUCAAGCUGAUUCUUGCAAAAUAGUUAGCAGAUAAAGACAAAUCAAAACUAUUGACCUCUGCAACAGAGCAGACAGUGCAGCUUCCAUAUACUUUUCAGCCUUCUGUUCAAAUGCAAGCAACAUGAAGGAGCUGCCAAGUUCUAGAACUUAGAGAAUAAACUGUAUCAUCUGAAAUGGGAGAGGGAGAAAGGGAGGCUGCAAAGCCAGCAGCAUGCUGAACAAGAAUCCUGCUACUGAAUGAGAAAAUGAUUGAUGAAGGCUAAGUCAAGGUGAACUAAAAAGAAAUCACAGACAGAACCUCGGCAUGGCUGUGGCUGGGAGGGACCCCUGGGUGUAUCUGGUCCAACUCUGCUCCAGCAGGGACACCCAGGCCUUUGUCCAAUAUAUUUAGUAUUUCAGCUUGCUAUGAUAAAUAUAUUAGUAACAUAUGCAACUACUGUGACUUGGUAUGAUAAUCCCACCUGCAUAACUUCUAGGAUGAUGCGAAGGCUUUUGAAAAACAAUUGGCUGACUUAUGCAAAGAGCUUCAGAGAUAUGUACAAAGGAUUCUCUAAGGACAACAAAAGGAGCAGAUGAAUGAAUGGCAGCACCAGUUCAGACCAAAGAUUAUGGCUAUCCCUAGCGAUGACUCAUAGCCAAUUACCAACCUUGGCAAUUGCUUUUCAUUAGGAUGUAUGUAAUUCUUAGGGUUUUACUAAUACAAUUUAAAUACAAGUAUGUUGGGAAUCUCAGGAAUUGCUCUCAGUUCUGAAAAGUGGUGCUUACUUCCUUAAGCAAAAUAAAAUCUGUCAGCCUUGAAAACUGAA